AUGGUAUACACAGACGGCGCGGCGCCUGGUAACGGAAAAGCAGGCGCUUGCGGCGGAGUUGGUGUUUGGUUCGGUGCAGACGACCCACGCAACGUCUCGGAGCGCCUCGCCGGCCCACUACAAACCAAUCAGCGUGCGGAGCUCACAGCCAUCCUUCGAGCUCUUCAACUCGUCAACCUCGAUUCACCAAUCGAAAUUCGUACUGAUAGUCAGUAUUCAAUCGACUGCGUCACCAAGUGGUAUGCCUCUUGGGUGAAGAAAGGGUGGAAAACAGCAGGUGGUACCCCUGUCAAAAACGCCGACCUGGUCAAAGCUAUCCGGGACCUGAUGGAGAAUCGGGAGGCAAAGGGGACCAUUACCAUCCUGACCAAAGUUGUUGGACACUCUGGGGAUUAUGGCAAUGAUCAAGCCGACAGGCUGGCUGUUCUGGGAGCCCAACUGCCAGCCCUCGACGAAAAGGGCCUUGGGGAAUGA